AUGAGCUUCGGCGUCCGUCCGCGGCUCCGCCCCGUCGACUGGUCGGACAUCGACGCCAAGGGCAGAUCCAUCCGCCGCCAGCGCCAACGCGAGCCCAGCCCUGAGCCCUACUACCCCAGUACCAGUGACCCAGGAUACCCGCCCGCGAAGAGGAGGAAACAGGGCCCACUCGAGCUGCCGCCUGUCUACUACCCGCCGACGCUCAGCCCGUCCGAGAAAAUCUGGCGCGAUCGCUGUGGAUACCUCUACCAGCGCGGGUACCAGCUCCGCCCGCGCUACCAGCCCAACUGGACACCGACGUGCUUGGGGAAUGGGAGGCAUUACCAUAGUGGGGAGGAUCAUACCAUGCAGAUUCUUCCCCAGGUGCUGGAUGGGGUAAGGAGGCAAGACGGGCUGGUGGUAUGCAUCAAGAUGAUCCAGGACCCCAAGAAAAUGCGCCAGAUAAAGGUCGUAGAGUACUUCUCGACGCGGAGGAUGUCCUCGGACACCCGAAACCACGUAGUCCCGUUCUACGACACGUUCGGCGACAGCUUCUCCCCCCACAUACAGUACAUGGUCAUGCCCGUACUACGCAAGUUUGACGAUCCCGAAUUUCUAUCCGUCUGCGAGGUGGUCGACUUUGUAAGCCAGGUCCUCGAGGGCUUAUCGUUCCUGCACGAAAACAACGUCGCACAUCACAACCUGACCGGCGAGCACAUCAUGAUGGACGCAAAGUCAAUCAUCCCCACCGGCUGGCACUUCGUGUCCCACUUCUGCGAGCCGGACGGGAUGACCAAGAUCUCGCCGCUCGAGCGCAAGCACCUCCCCGUGCGGUACUACUUUGUCGGUUUCGGCAACUGCUACCACAUCCCGCCCAACACGACGCCGCUCGUAAGGGAUAUCGGCGGGAACGACGGCGACGUGCCAGAGCUGCUCGCGGGCAAGCCGUACGAUCCGUUCAAGCUGGACAUCUAUACGCUGGGGAAUGUGUUUUUGAAGGAUCUGUUACGGAAAUACCACAGCCUUGACUUCCUGAACGAUCUCAUCGACUAUAUGCGCACGUCCGACUUCACACAGCGGCCCAACGCGCAGAUGGUGUUGAGGCUGUGGUACCGCAUACGUGACGGCCUAGAUGAAGAUGCUAUAGAGAACUGGCGCCUGAGAUUCAAGGACCCAAACGUGCGCCCGCGGUACUCGGAGGAGCCGUCGAGCGCCGCAAGCAGCACGCGCUCGAACAAGAGGGAUAUCUCGUCUAUAUUGAAUCUGUGA